GUUUAGGAGUGAGAUUUAAAUAAAUAAAAGAAUUGAAUAAAUUAUUGUUACAGAAAUAUAUGGUAACAUUGUUAGUAUAAAUUUAAGGUAAAACCAAAAAAUAAUGAGUUAAAUGAAAAGGCCCAAACAACUUUUAUAGGUAGAUUUUUUAGACUCCUUCACUUUUAAUAGUAUUGAUUAAUGUUGCCAAAAACAUAUUAUAUGCAAAAAUCUUUAUACGUUUCGAGGUGGAAAAUAAAUUUUAGAUACUAUACUUUUUCUCUUUCUCUAUUUACUUACUUUGUACGAAAAAUGCUUCACUAAAAUAGUGAUAUAAUACUGUCACACUGAUAAUCCUUGAACGUAAAACUUAUCCAGGUCAAUAAUGAAAAAGACACAAAAAGAAAAAAAUAUAUAUAUAGAGAAAAGAGAACCGGCAGUAAGAAGACAAAAAUAGAAAAUAUUAAAAUAUUAAAAUAUUAAAAUAAUUACUGUUCUUUCAUCAUCUCGGGCUAUAACAUUUUCCUAUUUCCACUAAAAUAUAGUAUUUCAGUAUAACUUACAAAAAAAGAAACAAAAUAGAAAAUAGGAUGGCACACAUUCAAAGUAACAUAUAAUGCAUGUCUCAACCUCUUCAGGAAAAUUAACGAAAAUUUAGAAAACAGUUUCCAAGGAAAACGUAUUUUAAAAUUAAAUUUGGAGGCACUUUAUUACUGAAAAAUCAAGAAUUGAAGUGGAAAAAAUCAAAAAUUUAAUGAAAAUUACGACGUCGACAAUAAAUAAAUAUUGUUUGUCUGUGUAUAUAUAAACGUCUGUGUUAAUUUGUGUUUCUGAGUGUGAGUAAACUUGUUUCUUUAACAUCAAACUUGAGAUUCAUAUCAUCUAGUGAGUCUUUCUAGCUUCGAUAGUGACUCUAUUGUGUUAAAAGAUGAAUCAGCGACCACGAAAUGAUUACAUGAGAGUGAAUAGGACUGGCAAGUACACUCGAAAGAGUAUUUUCGAUCAAGUACACACUAACGCUAACUCCAUACCUCAUCAGCCACGGCAACCGCAACUGAAAACGCAAGUGUACAUCAUUGACAAGGAAGACUUCAAAAGCAUUGUUCAGCAACUAACGAGUAAUCAAUCAUGUGAGUUUUUACCUCAAAACCUUCCAAAUCGUCAGAAGAGUAGACCAGAGCCGACCUCACCAGUUCCUCUCAAUGCCACAGGGGUUCAUGUCUCAUCGCAUAUGGGGUAUAUUGAAAGCUUACUUGAAGAAUCAUCGGACUCUAGUGGUGACAACUUCCAACAAUCAUUUGAUGAGAAUCAAUCUCAUAUACAACCUCAGGUAUAUUCAAAUGGUGACAAUUUCCAACAAACAUUUGAUAAGUAUCAAUCUCAUAUGCAACCUAUGUCAUAUUCCAAUGGUCCUAAACCGGUCAUGACCACUACUUUACCCACUCCUUGGUUCAAUGGUUCGCCUCAACAAAUAGACAGUGCUUACUCAUUGCAAUCAACAAGAGUUGAGUAUCCUCAACCAUUGACUCCAAACUUCUCAUUUUCGUCUGUGACUCAACCUGGAUUUUUCGAUCCGGACCUACGACGAUUUUAGCUCCUAAGUUCCAUGUUUUUGAUUGCUAUCACCACUCGGCUUUCCCUCCAUCUUAAGAUUUUCCAGAACAGAAUAUUCCCAUUAAACAAGAAAUAAGCUAGUUUGAAUAAGCGAGGUUUGGCUAGAGUGAUUUUGCUAAGCUUUAGUUCGUAUGAUUAUGAUUAUCAUAUUACUGUCUUGUAUGAAGUUCUGUUUGGCUUAUCAGUGAAAUCAAUCAACUCUUUUUGUCUCUUCUAAGCGAUUUUGUAGACAAACUGUCACGACCAUGACUCGGCUUCUCUUUAAACCGGUAUUGGUUUAAUUCAAAUUAUAAUUAAUUAUCUAAAAAACCAAACCAAUCCAUAUUUUCUUUUAUUAUUAAUCGUGUAUAUAUGUUUCUAUACCUAAUUAUAUAUUUGUGUAUCUCCUCCUUUGUCAAAAGAACGUAACGUGAGCAGCCUCCCAUAAUUUGUAUCUCGCUCUCAUAUCUUCUUCUUUUUUUUUCUUUUUUUUUACUAUUAUAUUAAAUUAAACAAUCCAAAAAAUUGGUAGUACAGACGUCGACGGAGAAACAGUCGGAGCAUCUGCAUAGGAUCAACGUUUCGUCGGUGGUCGGAGCUCCUCCCCAAAGGCCAUAUCUUCUUCUUACGUUCUUUUUCUUCCUCCUCUCUUAUCAUUAUCUUCUUCACCAUUGUUUCAUCCACUACAAGAAAACAGCGUAAUUCUGACAGACAUUCAUUUCGGCAUUUCCUCGAAAUAUACCGAUGAAAUACUGAGGAAAUCAUAUUUCUCGUAAAACACCGACGAAUAUCCGAGGAUAUAUUAUAGCCGCUACAGAGUCCUUGAGGGAUUUUAAAAAUUCCGAGGAAAUUCCGAGGGAUAAUAGGAUUUAGGUAUUUCCUCGGAAUUUCUUCGGAAUAGUCCGAGACUUUUCCGACGAUUCAGGGCUUUGCUUUUAGGGUUUCUGUUUCCUCGGAAAAACCUCCGAAUAUUUCGAGGAAAUUCUGAGGAACACUUGUUUUUCCUCGGCAUUUCCUCGGAAUAUUCCGAGGCUUUUCCGAAGAAGUAGAGUUUUUAAACCAAAAACAAUGUUUUGCGGUUUGAAUAACACUUAUAUAACUCUUAUUAAGUGUCUUAGACUGAUUAUGAAGUCAAAAAUUUGUUUAUUACCCUAUAAUAAAUACUUUUCCGAUUGUAUGAACGAAAUCCCCACAACAUAAGAGAAACACUUAUACACUUUAAUGAACGAUAAAGGGAAUACUUACAAUUCGUUUUGAAAUUUUGUUAUUUCAUGGUUUAUGAUCAUCUAUACAAAGAUUCCUCAAUGGUAUGCAUUGCAUUUGUAUAAGAAAUGAUAUAGGGCAAAAAAAUUUGAUUUUUGAAACCCCAAA